CAGGUUUGUUCAUUCAAGGGCUUUCUGUGGGGCUUCAGCAAGAAGGCAAAAAGCUGCCCCCUCCCCACUUUUCAUCCUGUAAUUAGCCUGAAGCCCUCAAUAUGACUAUGUUUUUGGGUAGCCUGAAAUUCUGCUUUCUCCUCCAAACCAUCUGCUUCUCGCUGGCACAGAUUCAAGGUCCACCGGGAGAACCCGGACCAAGGGGCCCCCCAGGUCCGCCCGGAGUACCAGGAGCUGAUGGCAUUGAUGGUGAAAAAGGUCCCCCAGGAGCGGCAGGAAGCCUGGGUGCUAAAGGAGAACCAGGCCUUCCAGGUUCAGAUGGCCCUCCAGGGAAACCUGGCAUUGAUGGCCUGACAGGAGCAAAGGGGGAACCGGGCCCUGCUGGGAGACCUGGCCCCAAAGGCCAGCCUGGACUUGUUGGUCCUCCAGGGCUCCCAGGUCCCAGCCUGGCUGGAUCUCCUGGACCUCCUGGCCCAGUUGGGCUUCCUGGAGAAAUUGGAGCGCUGGGGCCAAAGGGGGAGCGUGGACCAGAUGGGCCACGAGGGCCUCCAGGGCCUCCUGGGAAACCUGGUCCUGUUGGGCACAUCCAAGGAGUUGAAGGCAGUGCAGAUUUCUUGUGUCCAAACAACUGCCCCCCUGGGCCCAAGGGUCCCCAAGGACUGCAGGGCCUGAAGGGUCACAAAGGCCGCCCCGGAGCCCUUGGGGAGUCUGGCAGGCAGGGCAAGCCGGGCCCAAAGGGAGAUGUUGGUUUAUCUGGAGAACAAGGAAUACCUGGCCCUCCCGGUCCUCAAGGUCUCCGAGGUUACCCUGGAAUGGCAGGGCCGAAAGGAGAAAUGGGCCCCCGAGGUUAUAAAGGAAUGAUCGGAACCAUUGGAGCGGCAGGACCUCCGGGUGAAGAAGGCCCAAGGGGACCCCCAGGUCAGGCUGGUGAGAAGGGAGAUCUUGGUGCUCGUGGCAUCAGAGGCCCCCAGGGAGUAAUGGGACCUAAAGGGGGAAAUGGUCUUCCUGGGAUUGAUGGCAAAGAUGGCACUCCGGGGAUCCCUGGGGUGAAGGGGAGUGCUGGACAGCUGGGCCUUCCUGGGCCACCUGGCCACCGAGGAUUAGCUGGUUUGCCAGGCACACCGGGAACCAAAGGUGGCCCAGGGCAGAAGGGUGAACCAGGAGGGCGUGGUCUGCCAGGUUCCUCUGGGACACCUGGGAAAAUUGGUGAGCCUGGACCACGAGGGGAAGUGGGCCCCCAAGGGGUUCCUGGUGUGAAGGGCGAUCGUGGUGAGAGGGGCCCGGUGGGUAUUCCAGGGCCACAGGGGAAAGUGGGUGCUAAAGGGGAGCAGGGCCCCCCAGGAAUCCCAGGCCCACAAGGUCUUCCUGGAGUUAAAGGUGACAAGGGCUUCCCAGGGAAAAUUGGGUCCAAAGGUGACAUUGGAGAUCCUGGUGUCGAAGGCCUGCCUGGGGAGAAAGGAGAGAAGGGUGAAUCUGGAGAGCCGGGACCCAAAGGACAGCAAGGUGUCCGUGGAGAGUCUGGUUUUCCUGGACCUACUGGGGAUGCUGGAGCGCCUGGUGUCAGAGGGUUCCCUGGACCUCCCGGUCCUCGGGGGCUUGGUGGGGAGCGUGGUGUACCUGGAAUGCCAGGGCCUCAGGGUGCCCCAGGUAGGGAUACAGGAGAUCAGCACAUUAUCGACGUGGUCCUGAAAAUGUUGCAAGAGCAACUGGCCGAAUUGGCCGUGAGUGCUAAAAGAGCCUCCCUGGGUGGCACAGGUGUAAUGGGACCUCCUGGGCCUCCUGGUCCCCCUGGGCCUCCUGGUCACCAAGGGCCACAUGGCCACCCUGGCGCUCGUGGCAUCCCAGGAAUCAUCGGGACUGUGGGGCAGAUUGGUAACACUGGACCCAAAGGAAAGAGGGGCGAGAAAGGAGAGCGAGGAGAACCCGGGCGUGGACAUCAAGGGAUGCCAGGGCCACCAGGUAUCCCAGGUCUCCCUGGACAUCCUGGCCAUGCCAUCAAUGGCAAAGAUGGUGAACGAGGUUCUCCAGGUGUUUCAGGAGAAGCUGGACGUCCUGGCUUACCAGGGCCUCCUGGACUUCCUGGAUUCUGUGAGGCUGCAGCCUGCUUAGGUGCCUCUGCAUAUGCUUCAGCCCGCUUGACUGAACCAGGUGCUGUCAAAGGACCUUCGUACUGAGUUUAGUCAAGGAAGAACUCCCUUUUAAAUUUAAGUUGGCGAAACCUCCACCACUGACCUUAAAGGACCAACAUACCAGGGCUGUGGACCAAAGAAAUGGAGAACCAACCAAAAGAAAUCCUCCAUGGGGACAAGGAUCAUCUGCCUUGUUGGGAAUCAACCUGUCUGUUCAUUCUGCUCGAUGAAAAGAUGACAGUUGGCCACUACAAGUAGAUUAGAUUGUGGGGAAUGGGAAGCUGAAGAGAAAUUCUAAACAUGUGCAGAAUUCAUGCCAUAGGUUGUGAGCAAGCCUGGAACCUCAGCACUUAAGACUGCUGUUCCUUUAAACACAUACAGGGUGUCACUGGCCUUUUUUCACCACCCGGAAAAGAAGCACACAUUUUACCAAUUUCUGAGAGAGGAAAAAGCAUUUUGACUUUUAUCUUUGGGCUGAAUUCUCAUUAUGAUACAGUAGAGUCCUCACACAACAUAUUUGGCUAUGUUCUUGUCAGGCAGAGAGGUGUCUGUGUGAAGUAGAGCUGUGUGAGGGAAAAUCCCGCAUUACCACAUGAAAGAAAAUCUGUGAAAAGCAAGGGUUUUGUUCAAUAUGCUGACCUCAGAUUUUUUCCCCCUCCUUGAGAGAUACUUCAUACAACUACUUGUCAUGUGAAAAUAACAUGCUAAACCUAUUAUGGGAAGACACUGCUACUUUGAAAACCCGUCUUAUGAAUUGGUCCUCAGGUAAUUCAUUAACUAUCUCAUUGAUUUGUGCCCUCCUGUUCCAGCCCAUUUUCUAGCAAACCUAUUGACAUUAUCUUUUUACUUUACUUUGUGUUUGUAUGGAAAGAUUAAUCGACCCAAACAUUUUCUUAUUUUUUCUGGGGGGGUACAUUAUUGUUUUUGGGAUUUUUCUAGUAGAUAAUUGGUGGUUGAUUAUUUAAUGGUAUACAUCAGAGCCAGCCUGUCAUUUCCCCAAAGCUGUAAAUCUCUGUAAAAUAAGGUUGUUUUAUAAAUAUUAAAAAUCAAUAUUUUUUUCCUUCCACAAAAUAGCUACUCAAAUCAGACAAUAAAAUGAAGAAUGAAUGUCAGA